ACACAGUUUGUUUUCACACAACGAGCUCGUCACCGUCAGUCGAUCUCUUCCUCUCCGCCAUGGCGAUGUCGAAUUAGGGUUUCAAUAGCGCUCUUGGAAGAGAUCCAUUCACGGGGGUGCUGGCUCGCCGGUUUUCGAGACCCAAUUAGCCGAUCUUCGCAUCCAUUCUCGUCCGUGCCGCAUGUUGCGAAACUCUUCACACGAGCUGCUAUUGCUGAACGUGAGACAGGUGCAGUUGGAGGAAUCGAAGAUGAUCAAAGCGUCGUAGCGCGAGCUGUGUCGAAGCUGAGACUGAAUUGCAACUGGCACUUGGAUGGAUUCUGCCGGGAUGUGUGAAGAAGACGUGGGUCUGGUACAAUGGUGUUUGGCGGUGCGUCUCGCAGGGAGCUUCUUCUAGUACCCGUUGUGCGAAUCGCUUGGGUUUUCAUUCCUUGGAGAUAGGAGUAGUGAAAAGGCAGCUCUGAGGCGAAUGGAUAUUCUGGAGUUGAGCCGAAGGUGUGGUUGGUGUUGUUGAGCGCUAUUGGAAGUCUAUUUGUGGAGUACCUUGUGGGUAGAUUGACCAGAUUGUCUUGAUCCAGAAGUAUAAUGCAGGUGCUCUAGUAUUAUUAUUUCCGAGGUCUGUCAAUUUUUGUUGAGAUUCACUUAGUGGUGAUGUGCGACUAUUCCAAGGGGUUGCGAUAAAUUGAUAUACAUUUGAAGCCUCUGAGUCCGUUGAUUGAUUGCACUGAGCCCUAAUCUUUUGUGGGUUUUUCGAGGAAUGCUUGUGCGCUGUGCAAUGAGUAUUGGAUUAGGCUGGCAAGACGUGCAGGAGAAUUUCUAGUACUUCACAGGCGAUUCUUUUGGAUUAAUUGGUGGGUUCUCAAGUAGGCGUUGCGGUGGGGACCAUGACACCUUCAGCUGGACAGGUUCAAUCAUCAGGCAUUGUUCUGCAGCAUUAUGCGGAGCCUGACAAAGUCACUGGGAUUUGUCUGCCCUCAUGGCGCAUUACAUCUUCCUCAAUCGUUUAUUCUUCCAACCUGGCCUCCGGCACAGCAACCACAGUGAAAGGAGAAGUUUAUGUUCGUGGAGAGAGAGCUUAUAGGUUUCAAGCUGAUGUUGCAACAAUCGAUGCAGUGUCCUAUCCCAACUCUGUACUACAAGUCUUAGGAAACUUGAAGGUUGCAGAGAAAACAACAGGAGCAACUCUGCACUGCAAAGUUUUGACAUGGGAGGCAGUGUCUCAAAUCCUCCGACUUGGGGGCCCAGCCACGAACAGCAAGCGAUUGAACACUCUCUCUGGUGGAUCGGGGUUAGGGUUACGUACUGUUGGAGCAAGCAACAGGGGCGUUAAAGGAGUACUACCAGCUUUAGAUGAACAAAUGAUGUCUCUCUCACUAGGCGAUUCUCAGCAUUGGAAAUCACCUGCAAUUGGUGGUGUGUGUCGUACUCAUAUAAAAGUUCCCGGUACAUAUUUUAGUGGUGUAGACCUUAGUCUCAAUCUGAAGUCAUGGGCUGCAAAGAAAUUACUUGCAUUUAAGGUCGCCUUGGGCAGAAUAAUGAAAAGGACCUUUGAAUCGAGCGAUAAGAAUUCUUUUGCGUUUUCAACAGUGAAACGAAAAAGAAUAUUUCCUGCUAUAGUGGCAUCUCCAAAGGAGGCAUCUCAAAAAAGUAACUCUUCUGUCGAUGUGAUUGUUAAUGCCGAGGAAGGAUUAAUAUUCGACUUCGCUCGUGGGCGCAUACAUUCGCCAGGAUUCCUAUCCCUUUCAUGCCCAGCACUACAAGCCGAGGUGCACGCUGGAGCUGGGGAAGUUAUCUUACACAAAGACACAAGUGUGUUUCUGCAAGGAGGGGUUUCUGCAAAAGUUAAGAGUUUUAAUCUACAGGCUCAAAGACUUUAUUUUUCCGUGAGUGAUGCGGAUGCGCAUUUUAAAACAGAUGGCCUCAAAUUUACCAGAGUGAACUCUAAAUCUCAAACGGAGAUUGCAGCGCAAACAAAUAUGGCUGAGCAAGAAAUCCAAGUGUCUGCAUUCGCUAAUGAUACGAAAUUUCCACCCAAUGCAGUUGUGAGGUUUGACUCUAGGUUAAGUCAAAUGUAUAUCCGAAGUCCUGGUUUGCGAGUUCAUCCACAAAAACAUUUCACAGCGUGCCAUUCAUGUUGCUAUGCUGAAUGUAGUAUUUUUGGCUCCUCCAGAAUCGUUCUAAGAAGGAAUAAACCUCUCAGUAACAUGAGAGGCAUUGUACAGGUCCUUGGUAAACAGCUGCUUUCAUCAUUACACGUUUCGUUGAGAACUGGCCAAAACAGGAACUUCGUGGGCAUAGAUUUUACAGUAUCAGAGUGGUUUACAAGUAGCCCUAAGAUUUUGAUGCGAGGUAGUAUUGACCAAGAGACAUUACUUGCGGCUUUCAACACGAGUGGUAAUGAUAUUCUCAUAGCUGAGGGUGAUGUCCGAAUAUGGUGGCAAUAAUGGCAUUCAUAGGCACCGUGUAUAUUUGUUUCUUAUAACACAUAUGAUUUCACUUAUUCACAAUUAGAUGGCUAA